AUGAAAAUGGCGAUCAACGUCACAUCGCUUGAGCUGCCUCGCAGCUUCGUACGAGUUCAGAAUUCAACCUCUUUCGCUCAGUCGGCAGCGGUUCUUCUCCUUCACUCGACGGCCAAUUGCAGUGGUCGGAGAAGACCCAGGUGCCAGUCGUGUAGAUUGAAGAGCGUUUUGGCGAAAUCCGGCGUCGUUUAUCGCGCCGUGGUUGAGGACGCCGGGGAAGAAAUGGAGGAAGAGGGUGGUUCUGCGGUUGAAGAUGAUUCAGGUGACGCUGCUUUGGGGAGUAAGCUGGUUACUGGAGUCAUUCCAAAGGUCCGGGAGCGAGACUUCACUGACACCCCUUAUGUUCCAGUUUAUGUGAUGCUACCUCUGGGUACCAUCAGCAUGGAGUGUGAGUUGACUGAUCCAGACAAUCUGAUUAACCAGCUGAGGAUCCUUAAGUCAAUUAAUGUUGAUGGUGUUAUGGUUGAUUGCUGGUGGGGCAUUGUGGAGGCACAUGCACCUCAACAUUAUAAUUGGAGUGGUUAUAAGAAGCUUUUUCAGAUUGUACGGGAUCUUAAGCUCAAGCUGCAGGUAGUAAUGUCUUUUCAUGAAUGUGGUGGCAAUAUUGGUGAUGAUGUGCAUAUCCCCCUUCCACAAUGGGUUAUAGAAAUUGGCGGUCAAAAUCCUGACAUUUUCUUCACAGAUAGAGGGGGGAAACGUAACCAUGAAUGUCUUACUUGGGGAAUUGACAAGGAACGGGUCUUGGGAGGUCGAACUGCUGUUGAGGUUUAUUUUGAUUACAUGAGAAGCUUCCGUGUCGCGUUUGAUGAGUUUUUCGAGGAUGGAGUCAUCUCUGAAAUUGAAAUUGGACUCGGUCCAUGUGGGGAGUUACGCUAUCCAUCUUAUCCUGCAAAGCAUGGCUGGGAAUAUCCCGGUAUUGGGGAAUUUCAGUGCUAUGAUAAAUACUUGAUGAAGAGUUUGAAGAAGGCAGCAGAAGUGAGGGGCCACUCAUUUUGGGGUGAAGGACCUGAUAAUGCAGGUUCAUAUAAUUCCAAACCUCAUGGAACCCAGUUCUUCCGUGAUGGAGGCGAUUAUGAUAGCUAUUAUGGUCGAUUCUUUUUAAACUGGUACUCUCAGGUUUUGAUUGAUCAUGGCGACCGGGUACUCGCUCUGGCAAAUCUAGCCUUCGAAGGUACUCCAAUUGCUGCAAAGAUGCCAUUAGCUUCUGCUCACUAUGGAUUUUUAUCUGAAGUGAUUUCAUGGGUUGAGCAGUUAUCAGGGAUUCACUGGUGGUAUAAGACAGCCAGCCAUGCUGCAGAGUUAACAGCAGGUUUCUAUAAUCCGUCCAACCGUGAUGGUUAUGCUCCAAUCGCAUCAAUACUGAAAAAGCAUGAGACUGCUCUAAACUUCACAUGUGUCGAGUUGCGAACAUUAGAUCAGCAAGAAGAUUUCCCUGAAGCAUUAGCAGAUCCUGAAGGAUUGGUUUGGCAGGUACUAAAUGCUGCAUGGGAUGUCGGCAUACCAGUUGCAAGUGAAAAUGCCCUUCCAUGCUACGACAGAGAAGGCUAUAACAAAAUACUGGAAAACGCAAAGCCUUUCAAUGAUCCAGAUGGAAGACAUUUAUCUGCUUUUACCUAUCUCAGGCUAAGCCCAUAUCUAAUGGAGGACCAAAAUUUCCACGAGUUUGAUCGAUUUGUUAAAAGAAUGCAUGGGGAAUUUGUGCCGGAUUUGGAAUGCAGCCAAGAAGAGGAAACUCAAACCUUAGAUGAAUAA